UUCCUUAUCCCGUUUAUAUGAUCGGAGAGGCUCGGCGAGGCAGGUCGGAAGCGGUGCGAACAUGGCCGAGCGAGUCCAGCAGCCUCCAGCCAAGCGGCUCUGCUGCCGGCCCGGCUACAACCCGGCAUGUAGGCAGGGGCAGCGGGCUGGAGGAGUCCUGUGCGGCGGAGGAGGCAGCGGUUCGGGCUCUACCGCGGGGCAGAGCGGCAAAGCGCACAACCCGGAGUCGCUACUCGACAUCGCGGCUCGCCGAGUGGCCGAGAAGUGGCCCUUCCAGCGGGUGGAGGAGCGCUUCGAGCGGAUCCCGGAGCCCGUGCAGCGCCGGAUCGUAUACUGGUCGUUCCCGCGGAGCGAGAAGGAGAUCUGCAUGUACUCGUCUUUCAACGCCGGGGCCGAGGAGAGUGGAACUAGUGGGGACAAUAACGACGAGACUCAGCUGCCUUUCAUACGGGGUGUCACUCUACUGGAGGGCGGCUGGGUGGACAACGUACUGCAAGUCGGUUUCCACUUGAGCGGCACCGUUACGGAUCCGGCCACACCUUCGUCCCCCGAACUCGUAUGCAGCGUCAGCGUCAGCUUCGACCGUUGCAAGAUUACGGCGGUCACGUGCACUUGCGGCAACAAGGACAUCUUCUAUUGCGCCCACGUGGUGGCGCUCUCGCUUUAUAGGGUACGCAAGCCCGAGCAGGUCAAAUUGCACCUGCCCAUCUCGGAAACCUUGUUCCAGAUGAGCCGCGACCAGCUGCAAAAAUUCGUCCAGUAUCUCAUCUCUGUCCACCACACGGAGGUGUUACCUACCGCACAGAAAUUAGCUGACGAGAUCCUGUCGCAGAACUCUGAGAUCAACCAGGUCCACGGGGCACCGGACCCCACAGCGGGGGCCAGCGUGGAUGACGAGAACUGCUGGCAUCUGGACGAGGAGCAGGUUCAGGAGCAAGUCAAGCUCUUCCUGUCCCAGGGAGGGUACCACGGCUCGGGCAAGCAGCUCAACCUGCUCUUCAGCAAGGUGCGAGAGAUGCUGAAGAUGCGUGACUCCAACGGAGCGAGGAUGUUAACACUGAUCACAGAGCAGUUCAUGGCCGACCCCCGGCUGGCGCUGUGGAGACAGCAAGGCACCACCAUGACAGACAAGUACAGACAGCUCUGGGACGAACUGGGCGCCCUGUGGAUGUGCAUCGUGCUGAACCCACACUGCAAGGCGGAGCAAAAGUCAUCAUGGUUGCGGCAGCUGCGCAGGUGGAACAGCGUGGACGUGUGCCCCUGGGAAGACGGAAACCACGGCAACGAACUGCCCAACCUCACCCACUCGCUCCCUCAGGGUGCUCACAGCAACCAAGAGAUGCGGCCCCACAGGACCGUAUUCACUCGAGCCAUCGAGGCCUGCGACCUGCACUGGCAAGACCGCCACCUCCAGCACAUCAUCGCCAGUGACCUCUACGCCAACUACUGUUACCACGACAACCAGGAGGGCUCCCUGUUUGACACGCGCGGCUGGCCCUUGUGGCACGAACACGUCCCGACAGCCUGCGCCAGGGUGGAUGCCCUGCGUUCCCACGGUUACCCACGAGAAGCACUCCGUCUGGCCAUCGCCGUAGUCAACACGUUACGGCGACAACAGCAGCGGCAACUCGAGCACUUCCGCCGGCACAAAAAAGAGUUGCUCCAUAAAGGCCACACUUCCAUUACAAACAUGGAGGGCUGGGUGGGACACCCUUUGGAUCCCAUCGGCACCCUCUUCAGCACUCUAACAGAGUCGGGACGGAUAGGAGAGGAGGGAUCUAAUACCUGCUUGGACCUCUCAGACUGCUCCAGCGUGGUGACUCGGGCAGACCUCCAGCGGAUGCCCGUGCAGAGACUGCUGGGCGACGGCGAGUCAUACGUGGCGCUGGCGGUGGAGACGGCCUUGAUGGGUCUGGGCCAGCAGCGCGUCAUGCCCGACGGCCUUUACGCUCAGGAGAAGGUGUGCCGCAACGAGGAGCAGCUGCUGGCCAAGCUUCAGGAAGUGGAUCUGGACGAUUCCCUGGUCAAGAUCUUCCGCAAGGAGGCUGUCUUUCUGCUCGAAGCCGGUCCGUACUCCGGCCUCGGGGAGAUCGUCCAUCGAGAGAGCGUCCCCAUGCACACCUUUGCCCGCUAUCUCUUCACCUCCCUCCUACCUCAUGACGCUGAACUGGCGUACAAAAUUGCACUGAGAGCCAUGCGGUUGCCCGUGUUGGAGUCAACGGCAUCGUCCGGCGACCUGUCGCGGCCUCAUCAUAUUGUGUCGGUGGUGCCCAACCGCUACCCGCGCUGGUUCACCCUCAGCCACAUCGAGUCUCAGCAGUGCGAGCUGGCCUCCACCAUGCUCACCGCGGCCAAAGGUGACAGUCGCAGGCUGGAGACAGUUCUGGAGUCCAUCCAGAAAAACAUCCACUCGUCGUCUCACAUCUUCAAACUGGCGCAAGACGCGUUCAAGAUCGCCACACUGAUGGACAGUCUGCCCGACAUCACGCUGCUAAAAGUUGCCCUGGAGCUGGGACUGCAGGUGAUGAGAAUAACGCUGUCCACGUUAAACUGGAGGCGGCGGGAAAUGGUGCGCUGGUUAGUCACAUGUGCCACUGAAGUUGGCGUGUACGCGCUGGACAGCAUCAUGCAGAGCUGGUUCACCCUGUUCACUCCCACCGAGGCCACCAGCAUCGUGGCAACCACGGUCAUGUCCAACAGCACCAUCGUGCGCUUGCACCUGGACUGCCACCAGCAGGAGAACCUGGCGUCGUCGGCGCGCACGCUGGCCCUGCAGUGCGCCAUGAAGGACCCGCAGAACUGCGCCCUGUCGGCUCUGACGCUCUGCGAAAAGGACCACAUUGCCUUCGAGACAGCCUACCAGAUUGUACUGGACGCCGCCGCCACGGGGAUGAGCUACACGCAGCUGUUCACUAUCGCGCGCUACAUGGAGCACCGCGGCUACCCCAUGCGCGCGUACAAGCUGGCCACGCUGGCCAUGGCGCACCUCAACCUCAGCUACAACCAGGACACGCACCCGGCCAUCAACGACGUGCUGUGGGCUUGCGCGCUCAGCCACUCGCUGGGCAAGAACGAGUUGGCCGCCGUCAUCCCCCUGGUGGUGAAGAGCGUCAAGUGCGCCACCGUGCUCUCGGACAUCUUGCGCCGCUGCACGCUGACCACGCCGGGCAUGGUGUCGGCGCUGCACAGCCGGCGGAACUCGGGCAAGCUCAUGUCGCUGGACAAGGCGCCGCUUAGGCAGCUGCUGGACGCCACCAUCGGGGCCUACAUCAACACCACGCACUCGCGCCUCACGCACAUCAGCCCGCGCCACUACAGCGAGUUCAUCGAGUUCCUUGGGAAGGCGCGCGAGACCUUCAUGAUGGCGCACGACGGACACAUCCAAUUCACGCAGUUCAUAGACAACCUGAAACAGAUCUACAAGGGCAAAAAGAAACUCAUGAUGCUGGUGAGGGAGCGCUUCGGCUGAGCGCCGCUACUUUUUUUACCGACUCGAGUCUGCCUUUUUUUUUUUUUUUUUUUGGAACUUCCGGGAAAAAAAGAGAGAGAACGGACGUCGAAACGAAGCGAUGAAGCGGAAAAGGAAAAAAACAAACUCCACAGAGCCACACGCGGUAUUAUUGUUCUUGCUGUUGUUCUCGUUACAAACAUUAUCGCUAUUAUUAUUAUUAUUAUUAUUAUUGAUAAUAAUAUUACUACUACUUGUACAGAAGUGUUUGGUUUUUUUUUCACGAGAGGAAAUUUGUCACGUGAAUGUUGUGGGUCUGCGUGUGUAUGAAAGGAGAACAACAUUUUGUUUUCAAACAUCUUUAUCUUUCUCUGUUGCGUUGUACAGGUGCAUCUCAAUACAUCAGGAUCUCUGUUGUAAUUCAGGAUUUGAAUUCAAUAAGGCAAUUCUCGAUUCACAGCACGGAGUGAAAUCUCGAUAUAGAUCAGGGUUGUCAAACUUGUUUUUUGUCAUGGGGCACAAUUACAGAUUCCCUUGGAGGGCCUUUAUGAUGGUGAAACCAAAUGUUUAAUCGUCUCAUUAUAUAUACACAACAAAUUGAGGAGUCAUUAGUUCUGAAGUCAGAAAUGAUGUUCGGUAAUUGUUUUAUUGUUUAAAUGACUGCAAAAGGGAACAAAAAAGAACUUGCAAAAGCUUAACAUUAUUGUUAUUGUUUCAAAUUAUUUUGCCAUGUCUGUCCGCCAGCACUCAAUGUAAGAGCAAGUUUUUGAAUUGAACUCCUCAAAUGAAUGUUUCCAGUGUGUUGAGAUGCACCAGUAUGUGGCUAAAGGCCUUCUACAGUAGCGCUCGUCAUAAAGAAAAGCAGAACAAAAAAAAAACUGCAUCCUCGAAAGAGAAACUAAGGCUUUAAAAACACACAGAGCACCUCCCCUUUGGCCCCCGGGCCCCCCAACAGGGGGCGCCAGGCAGCACUGCACAUCUUAAAAAAAGC